AAAGAACCUUUUUUUUAAAAAAAACAACAAAAGAACUAUUAUGAAAAUGGUGAAAGGGAGCAGUGAUCAUACAAAAGAAAAUGCACAUAAUAACUUAAAGAUAUUUACAUAUGAUAAUUUAAGAAGUGCCACACGGAACUUUAGGCCAUCGGCAAUGCUUGGAGUUUCUGAUGGCGAGUCGGUCUAUAAAGGGUGGUUGGAUGGUUCAUCAUUAGAACCAUCUAUAUCUGGUGUUGGGAUAGCAGUCCCCAUCAAGAUUUCAAACACGGAUAAUGCUCAACGCCUUAAAGAAUGGCAGGCAGAAGUGAAUCGAGGAAAGUUAAGUCAUCCAAAUCUUGUUAAACUCUUGGGAUAUUAUUCAGAAGACAGAAUGCUUUGCCUUGUAUAUGAUCACAUACCAAAGAGAAACUUAGUAAACUUACUUUACCGCCAUCCACUUCAAUGGGAUACGACGAUGAAAAUUGCCACUGGAAUAGCCCAAGGCCUUGCUUUCUUGCACACUGCAGGGGAUUCCCCCGUAAACAGGACUUUCAACCCUUCAAAUGUUUUAUUAAACGGGGAUUUUGAACCACAACUCUAUUUUGGAUCAGCAUCACUCUUCCGAGCACAUGGAGCAUUGCCCGUCUCAAUGAGUGAUGCGGUCACCAGUCAUUACAUCCCUCCCGAGUAUAUUGCUACAGGUCAUUGGUCUGUGAAGAGUGAUGUUUACGCUUUUGGAGUGAUGCUGCUGGAUAUGAUAGCAGGUUCACACUUUCUUGAUGGCUAUUCAGACAGGCCACAGCAUAGUCUAAUCGAGUGGGCUAGACCCGUUUUAUCAGAUACCAAGAAACUACAAAGAAUCAUGGACCCAUGGUUGGAACAUGGCAACCCUCCAAAAGGAGCAAGCAAAGCUGCUAAGCUCAUUCUAUCAUGUCUUGAAAUCGACCCAGAAAUCCGACCCUCAAUGAAAAAAGUUAUGACUAGCCUAGAAGAGAUUAAGGUUUGUCAAGAUGUAGCUGAAUGAAUCCAACAGGCUGAAUGAGACCAAUUCUCUAAACAAUACUUGGGCGCCCUUGCCCAGUGAGCCAUCUACCAUUCAAAUGUUUCUUGCUCUUUCUUCUUUUUCUCUUUUUUUUUCGCGAAGUUCUUUCUCUCUUCGAGGUUUAUGUAGUUACCACUUUGGACUAGUUCACCUAUGUUGAUUCAAAGAAAUACAUGUUCAAUCUUA